AAGGAGUAGAUAAUAUGGAAGAAUUAUAGUGACAGAAGCAGUCACCCUUAUUCCUAAGAGCAUAUUUAUUACUACGAAUACUGUCAUCUGUCACUGAUAUUUGUCAGAUUUGUCAGUUCUAAACAUCCCUAAAUAAAAUGGAUAAACAAAGAACGUUGUUAUGUGGAGAUGUCAACGGCAAUUUUAAAGUCCUGUUUUCCCGCGUUGAAUCAAUAAUAAAAAAAUCUGGACCCUUUGAUGUGCUUCUUUGCGUCGGUACAUUUUUUGGAGAUGAUAAUUCACAGUUGGACGCCUAUAAAAUGGGCACUAAGAAAGUGCCUGUGCCCACAUAUGUAUUUGGGCCAUCGAGGAAAGAACACACUACUUAUUAUUGUGAAGAAGGAUCUGAGAUAGUUCCCAAUGUGGUUUACAUGGGCAAAAGAGGUCUGUUCACCACAAGUAGUGAUGUAAAGAUUGCAUAUCUAACUGGUCUAUCAAGGAGAGAACUUGGUAAAGAGAUUUCCAUGUGCAAUUUUGAGCCGAGUGACUGCAGUGCGGUCAGAGACGCAUGCUUUAGAGGCCAAACAGAGUACCGAGGUGUGGAUGUACUGAUAACCACAAUGUGGCCUUCUGGAAUAGAAAUGGAUGAAACUCGGAAGAUAGACAUAGACAAAGAUCAUUUAUCUGACUUGUUGUCGUGGCUUGCAAUACACAUUAAACCCAGAUAUCAUGUUGUUCCAUCCGCAGAUAAGUUUUACGAAAGACAACCAUAUAGAAACCAAAGUGUCCACCAAGAUUACAGAGAGUGUGCAACAAGAUUUAUAGCACUAGCUCCAGUGAACAAUAAAGAGAAAGAAAAGUGGAUUUAUGCAUGUUCCUUGCAACCCAUUACCAAGAUGCGUAUGACAGACUUAUUGCAAGGAACUACUGAUGAGACACCCUGUCCAUACAAUCUUGAUUUGCUAAAGCAGCAUCAGCCUGGCAAAGUUGUUAAGGUAUCUGGCAAUGGCCAAUUCUUCUUCGAUAUGGACGCGCCGGACGACGAUCAAGGCAAGAGAAAAAGAGGUGGCCAUAAACCUGAACAUAAAAAGAGGGUUAUUGAUCCAGAGGUGUGCUGGUUCUGCCUAGCGUCGCCUAACGUGGAGUCGCAUCUCGUUAUAUGCGUGGGAACUCACUGUUACUUGGCGCUCGCGAAAGGCCCUCUCACGCCAUACCAUGUUUUGAUACUACCUAUAGAACACCAUCAGGCGAGCACAAUGGCACCAGACGAAGUAAUAGACGAGAUAAAGAAAUUCAAAGACGCGCUGAAGAAAAUGUUCUCGCCGAUGGGCAUGGAGAUGGUGUUCUUCGAACGGAACUACAGGACGUCGCACAUGCAGAUACAAUGCGUGCCGGUGCCGAGCCAAUGCAAGGAGGAGCUGCUGGAGAUAUUUAAGGACGAAGCAGGCAUAAACACGGUGCAGUUGGAGGUGUUGCCGCCGUACUCGGACGUGCGGCAGGUGGCGCUGCCCGGCACGCCGUACUUCCACGCGGAGCUGCCCACCGGCGACCAAAUCUUCGCCAGGACCCAACAACACUUCCCGCUGCAGUUUGGCAGAGAUGUAUUAUCGUAUCCACACAUACUGAACUGCGAAGAUAAGGCCGACUGGCGACAGUGUUUACUGAGUAAGGAGCAAGAAGUGGCACAUGUUACUAACUUCAGGUCAAAGUUCAAACCAUACGACUUCACAGCGGAUGAAGAUAGUGAUAGUGAUUGAGUGCAAUGAUGUACAAGUGUUUCGGUAAUCUGCUUGUAUUUAGGUUUAAGAAGAUAUUAAUAUAUUGUGUAGAUUUCAUAAGCAAUUUCUACAUAUAUUACUGUGCAGAAAAAUAAAAAUGAUUCUAAACUAGUAAUGAAACCACUCCAUGUCCUAAUAUGUUAUAUGCAUACUAUCAGUCUUAUAUAUAAAGCAUUAACAUCUGGAUCAUAUGGUGUGUGGAAUGCUGUAGAUGAAAUAAGAAAUAAUUUACAUAUGAAAUGUAAUAAGGAACAAUUUACGUAAAUUUUAAUGGAGCGAUAUGAUUUUUAAACUAGGGAAUUGCUUUUGAAACUGUGUCAAUAUAUUUUAAUUUUGUAACACAAUGGAAAAUAAAAGCCAGUUUCAAGUAAA